GUGUGUGUGUUGUUUGUCAUAGAAAGGUAAAACUGCAGCACACUGCGAAGGCGUGCAUGUGUGUAAGAGAGGGAAGGUGAUGAACGGCAGCCAAGUCAUUCUUCUUAAAAAUGGCGUCACGUGAACAAAACGCGAACAGAGCUGUACUCCGGUGUGAGUAAGCAGCAGCUAUCGGAGCCGGAUCAGUGUGAAUAUAAUUUCUCUUAUUAAAGCUGCGACGUGGAGCAUCUGUUCUGCGGCCCAUCGGCUUAACACGAGAGACAAUAGCCAGUUAAAUAUAUGGGGAGAGGAGAGGAGGGAGGGAGGAGGUGCUCCUGUCUGCUGCGGCUCCCCACACCCGAUCCCCACUCCUCUCAGUCUACAGGCUUGUCAAGCAGAGAAAUAAACAGAAUCGGGCGCUGGAAGUGAAGAUAUUCCUCCCUCAGUUCCUCACCCUCACUAUCUGUGCAGCUUCAUCCAGCUCUUUCUUUCAUGGAGAGGAAUUAUCCCGCUUCGGGCUUCGGAGAUCUGGGGACUGGGACGGGAUGGAGUUACGCGAGAUCGGCCAAAGCAAGCCUCGUGUAUGGGAGCCGCUCAUACCACCCAGAGUCAGAACUACUCCACCGGCAAACCUAUGGCACUCCAAACCCACUUCAAUGCUAUGCAGGAAGUCAUCACCCAGGGAGCUCAAGGCAGGGUGGAACUUGGGGUGGAUGCACACUAGAUCUGUCAGGGCUGUUUGAGUCCAGUCUCCAUCAUGCCAGCCCCUCAGGUGCCGACCCCUCUGUCAUGAAUCUGAUUUCAGCUCUGGAUUCACAGCCUCCACAGCCCUCACCCUCUGCUUCCUCCCUCCUUUCUCAGUUCCGCACAUCCUCUUGGCAGACUGCCAUGCAUACACCGGCCCCAACGGACCUCUUUAUUUCAGGGGCACUUCCAGGUUCAAGCUCCUUUCACUCCUCCUCAGCUCUUUCUGCAUACCAGAAUCCUAGCAUUUUUUCUGGACGAUCAUUCACUCCCUCAUUAUCCCUGCAGGAUACAACUACAUUUAGCCAAACUUCUAACGGCUUGAUAUCCCCACAUGAUCCCUUGGUACACAUUAAAAGAUCCUCUCAAUCCAGCUUGGGCUUUGAUCACUUGCUGUCUUCCCAGAGCACUGCCUUCAAGGGCUCCCAGGAAUCUGCAACUCCCCAGACCCAAGACCCUUCCACUUCCUCCAAUUGCCACCUGUCCCCUCCCCAAUUUAAUCUGUUGCCCUCUCAGCUUCAUAACUCAUCCUCUCAACCAUAUAAUGCCUCGAUGUUGUCGUCGACGGCAGCCCUGCCACCUGCAAUUCUUCCUGAGCCUCAGCCACUUCAACAGACAGCAAUUUCCCGCCACAAUAGUGUGAUCAAGCAUUACCCUCUCUCAUCUUCAGCCUACACCACAACCCUACAAUCACAAUCCUAUGCCAGCUCUGAUGGUUCAUCUGGCUACCACCAGCUAGUCAGCCAUUAUCAGCAUGCUGGUGUGUCCUACAGUCCACUGGGGGAACGGAGCCUGUCCUCUGACCCCAAGACCUCACCAAGGAUGGAAUCCCAGAUAUAUCAACCUGUCAUCCAAACAGCCUAUACCUCAUCAUUAUCCACCUCCUCAACUCCCUCCUCAUCUACAGCUACUACUAAAGGUGCCAAAAGUUCCUGCUCCACAAGUAACUAUUCGUCUUCUUCCUGUACCCCACAAACUCCACCAUCAACCUCCUCCACCUCCUCUUCAUCCUCUUCUAGCUCAAAGACCAGUACUAUUUCUCUGUCUGCUCCCUCUCUUCAGCAACCCGCACCUCAGUCAGCACUAGUACCACCUCUUCUCCCAGUGGUGUCAUCAUCCCUUGUACAACAAGCAGCAGCCAAUCAAUGUCUGUCCACCUAUGGCUCUCAAUCUGUAACCAAACCUAGCACAAGCUUGCCAAACCACACCCCUCCCCAGCAACAUAUUCAGUCUUAUUCCCUCAACCUGCCACCAUCUACACACAUGACUGUACAUUAUGAUGGCUUCAACUCACCCCAUGUCCGGGACUUGAGCACUGGAGCAAGGAGCAGUGGGGGGAAAGACUUCAUGGGUGUAGGCUCUGGUGAACGCUCCUUCUCUGCAGAGAUAAUCAUUCAAGACUCAAGUUUUGUCUCAACAUCUCUCAGAAAACCACAAAGUCCAUCCAUAGACUAUGGGAGUGGAUCAGCCGGGAGUGGACCUGGGAUUCACAGUGUAUUAGGCUCUGCGGGAACUGGGAACGGGGCUGCUGGUAAUGAAGGCAGUAACGCAUAUCACCUGACUGAGUCUAGUACAUCACCCUCAACCAAUUCUACGAUCAGUUAUUCAGGAUUGCACUCUCCUGUAGCUGCCCGACCUGUACAGUCCCCUGGAGGCUCAGGGGCAAAUAAAUACUUGUCUUCGAUCCCAGCUCCUACUUUUAUGUCCUCACCACAAGGUUUCCCUGAUAAGCGACAAGCUCGGAACCAGUUGUACCACUCAUCACCCCCGAACACCAAAACAGAGGCCACAAACAUGCUGGGAGCUGAGGAAUCCCAAGAUGAAGGAGACAGUGAAGAUUUCCUUAUCCAUCACUUACUACAUCCACAAAGCUCAAACCCCCAUUUUUCCCAACAUCACCCACAUUCUGAGCAACUGUCUCAACCAAUCCUUCAUGGGGAAAGCAAGGGAAUGACAUAUGAUCUUAACAAGAUAUCAGAAGAGCGCUACCAGCUUCAGAGUGUCAUUCGUACCAAUAACAUUACCAGCAAUUCUGGUCUUGGAAUGGCAAUUAAUGACACAGUGAGCUUAGACAGACCAUUAGAAAUAUCACAGAAGAAACAACAGGCCAGGUCAGACUCGAUCAUAUCAAAGUCAAAUGCUUCAGGGGUGCGAAGAAUAUCUGAUUCUCAUUCUCAUGCUAUCCACUCGCAUCAUCAGCAAAAUGAGUUAAUGGGUUCUGCGGUCUAUUAUGGAAGAGGUGAUCCCUACAUACAGCACCCAAACUCCCAGCAUCAUCAUAGCACUUCACAUGUGUCCACACACUCUCAGCACUACACUCAACACUCUCGAAUCUCCCAGCACUUUCUGCUCACUCAACAUACACAUCACUCUCAGCAUUCUCAGCAUAUUCAUCGCAAUUCCCUCCCACAAAGUCACUCUCUUAUAGAGAUUAAGAAGCCUUCAGAUGCAAAUGACAAUGCCUACUACCCACCAGAUGUACAGCAAACUCGACAAAGUCAUGUCUCUGUCUCUCUGAUGAAUACAUCACCAGACCAUCCCAAGCAAACUCACAUGUUACAGUCUGUCCCUUCUCACACUAUCCAAAACAAGCUGGAUUCCCAACAAGCCCCACAGCAGCAACAGAAGCACCAGCAGCAGCAGCAGCAACACCAGCAAGCUAUGAUGGGUUCAGUUAGAAGAGCGGGGUCUGCUGGGUUGGAAUCCCAUGUACAGAACCGGUCCUCACAGAUGCAACUUCAGCUCCAAACCCAGAGGCUAGAUACCCACUACAGUGGAAGCCAUCCAACAUAUCAAACAGGAGCCAGUCAGAGUUCAGUAUCUCCACUACAGAUGCUAGAUCAAUCGCUUUCUCAGGCCAAUGGUACAGAUAGUGGACGAUCUCUGGACAGAAGUGGAGCUGAUAUGAAUAGUCACUUCCUUUCUGAACAAGAUUUGGACUUAUACACCCCUUCACACUUGAGCCAUCUCAACCAACCUCAGACCCACCCCCACACCCAUGCUCUGCAACACACUCAGCACACUCAUCAUCAACUGUCUGUUACCACUCAGAUAACUAAUUCACACUUGCAACAGAUGACAAUACAUUUAGCAACACCUCAACAACAGCAAUCCCAGGCCACAGAUCCUGAAACACAACUCUCACAUUCACAGUUAGAGCAGCUCAAACAGCAUCAAUUUGAGACAGUAAGCCAGACAGAUAAAGUAGGACAGACUCAAGCUCAACUUCAGCAAUGUGCACCUUUGACCUCAAUCUGCUUUCCAGACUGUGUUUUUCUUGAGAUGGAGGAUAUGUUUUGUUCAUCUGAAUACAAAUCAGGCUAUACUGGGGCAAGACACAGUGCUCAAGAAAACCUCAGCCGGGGUCAUGGACCGAUACAAGAGGAUAUGGAGGCUUUAAAAUCAGGAGGUGCUGCAGAGGGCUAUAAUAUGGUUGGUCAUCACAGCAAUCAAGGAUUUGGACAGUACUGCCAAGGACUUUGCCAAGGAAAUGGUGAUCUGCACUUAGACCAUGACUGUCUGAAGACUCAUGAGCUUCCUUCCACUGUCAUUACUGACCAGCUUGGCCUCAUCCAAUCCCAAACUCCCAUUAUGGGAUUGAAUUCAGCAGUUCAAGGGGAUAGCUUAGUCAACAAGAUGAUAGCAACUGUGGGAGUGGGUGGAAAUUCCAACAGUACUGGUGUAACCUCUCCUAUCUUCUGUUCCUCUCGACCCAAAAAACUGCUGAGGACCAGCUCAUUUCACUUGCUUAAACAGCGACGUGAGCCACAACCUCAAACAAAGAAAAACUAUGCGCAGGAGUAUGAAUUUGGGGACGACGAAGAUAAAGCUGACGUUCCAGCAGAUAUUCGCCUUAACAAUCGCCGGCUUCCUGACUUGUUGCCUGACUUGGUGUCUAGUUGUAGAAAACCUGGUGGGGUUUCUGGGAUAAGUGGACUAAGCCCACAAACAGGUGACAUGGACUUUUGCCACCCCUCCAGCUACUCUUCUCUUGGACACGAUUCGCAACACCCCCCUAACGAUGGUCCUAAGAAAAGGGGCAGGAAACCAACUAAACCAAAACGUGAAGGACCUCCUCGGCCACGAGGUCGCCCACGUAUACGUCCUCUUCCAGAACCUCCUUACUGUAGGGGCCUGAUGGGAUCUGUGGCUGGAGAAAAUAGGAGGGGGCGUGGCCGAGGUCGAGCGCGAUGCAGACGGGAAGAAGGAAAAGUGCGCAUGCAUCGGGAUAUGAACAAAACUCAAAGCCUUUCAUAUAAUCACCAGCAACAGUACCAACAGCAACAGUACAGCCAACAGCAGCACCUCCAACAUCAUCAACAACAAGAUCACAGGCAGCAGGCAGACCUCCAUCAAGUACCCCACCAGCAGCCCCAACAACAUCACCACCAUCACCAGCAAGAACAUAUUUCCUGUCCCCACCCUCAACUGCAUCAUCAGCAACAACAGCAUACAUCUCACCAGUCGCAGCAAGAUCCGGUCAGAACUUUUAAGAUCAAACUGCACCUUGCCACUAUGUCUCCACCAGAGUCCUUGUUGAGGACAGACUCGCUAUCCAGCAGUAACCCUGUUCCAUCUGAGGGAUCGGUGGGGUCAGCACCAUCUCUGGGCUUGAGUCCUGGACCCAGUACCACUGUUGACUACAACAGAAAUGAGGUGAAUCAGACAAAAGACGAGAUUAUGAUACAUCAGCAGAGAACUCAGGAGCUGGUAGUGGAUGGUUGGAAGAAAGAAAUUGACAAUUCACUGAAUCCUGAAGCCUGGACUGCUAUGCAGAAACUCUCAAAUUUAAUUGACAAGAAGGUCUUUGACUUCAAACCAAGCUUUAUGGCCUCUUUUCUGGAUUUUCUGAAGACAGGUAAAAAACAGCCAGACCUUGAACCAAGACAUGAUGGAGGCAACCAAGAAACCUGUUCCUCUAUGAGGGGAGGAAUUAAAUGCUUAUCCUCACCAUCUCCUCCCCUACCACCAACUUCUCCCCAGCAGCCUCCAGGACCGUUCAGCGAUGGCAGCCAGGGUGAAGGGCCAGACCUAGCCCUCAGUAGCUGCCAAAGUUCCUGCAAACCUCUGGAUGAUGAACUGAAAAGAAACCUGGGGACUCUCCCCUCUUUCUCCUCUGAUGAGGAGGAUUCAGUAAGUAAGAACCAGGACUUGCAGAAGAGCAUCUCAUCUGCAAUCUCUGCCCUCUAUGACACUCCACACUCACUGGCUGCUGCAGUGGCUUCUGCAGUAGUCAAAGUACAACCCAUGCUUUCUCCACCCACGCCACAGGAGCCGUCGCUCAGCCCGCCUCUCAAAACCAUGUCUCCCCUCAUUCCUAGUAUGGAGAGCAUAAAAGAUGGGGCACUUGCACACACUCAGCAUAACACACAAAAUAAACAAAACACACGUGAGGAACAAAAAAUGAUCUCGAUACUGUCGGACAUGGAGUGGGUAGGAUCUGAGCAUGGAAAAGAAGAAGAAAACAGCAAGAAGGAGGAGGAAGGCGAGGAGAUAGCAAACAAGGAAGAAAACAUGAGGCAUUCAUACAAUAUGUUGCAGGGAGCAGCGGGAAAGCAGGAGAAGCAGGAUACAGCGUCUGACACGCAGAUUAUGGAGGGCCCUAAAUUUAAAGGCCAUGAUGAUUUACCAUCAGGACGUGUGCCUGCUCCUGCACCUCCAUCACCAUUCAUCUCCUCCUCACCGCUCACAUACUCAUCACCAUCGCCUCUCCCUCCCCCGUCAAUCUCUGUACCUUCUCCACCACCAAUCCAACAGAAUGAGGAAGAAGUCAGUCUAAAUGAUCUUUCUUCUGAUCAGCAUAUGCAGCAAUCCUCCUACCAGCAGGCUCCAACUGCAGCCUCCUCCCCACCCCCGUCCACCUCCCCACCAGUCAUCCCAUUGUCACCCCUUUCCAACCUUCCCCGGCCAAUCGAUCCCCCCCCAUCCACCACACCUCCCCCAUCAUCUUCUGAUCAGGACCAGGAACCUGAAGCUGGGUUGCCUUACUUCUUUUCCACUUUAUCCUCCUCACCCUCUUCAUUGUCCUCUCACCCACCAUCACCUCCAACGCCAGAGGAGGCCCCACAAUCCCAGCGUCUUACCUCCCUUCACCUGGCAAAGAAACAGGCUGAUGCUGCCAUCGCUGGGGAGAGUGAAGAAGAAGACAGUGAGAGUGGAGGUGAGGGAAUCUUUCGUGAGCGGGAUGAGUUUGUGGUGCGAACUGAGGACAUUGGGACUCUUAAGAUGGCCUUGCAGACAGGCCGAGAGCCUCCACCUAUCUGGAGGGUGCAAAAAGCUUUGCUCCAGAAAUUCAGCCCAGAGAUCAAAGAUGGUCAAAGGCAGUUCUGUGCAACAAGUAAUUAUUUGGGUUACUUUGGUGAUGCCAAAGUGUACUACCAGCGUUUAUAUGUGAAGUUCUUGGAGAAUGUCAACAAAAAAGAUUACGUCAGAGUGUGUUCACGAAAGCCAUGGCACAGAGCUGGCCUGAUUCUGAGACGCCAGCCUCUACCUAAACAGCUGCUGACCAUUCACAAUCAGAGCCAACCUCGAAUAGAUAGUCGACACAAGGAGAGAAGGAAUGAAAGAGAGCUAAUGGAGCAGAGAGAAAGAGAAAGAAGAGAGAGAGAAACCAGGAAAAAAGUAGAAAUGGAACAUAAGGAAAGAGAAAGGAAAGAGGGGAGAGAUCGCAAAGAACAGCAAAAAGAAGAGAGGCAGAAGAAAGAAAAAGAUGGCAGAGAACAAAAUGAGAGGGGUCACAGAGAUGUGAAAAUGGAAUGGAAGAAGGAAAAUGAGAGUGAAAGAAGGGAAAAGGAGAAAAAAGAAAGGGAACUUAAAGAGAGGCAGCAAAGGAAAAAGGAACAAAGUGAGAAGGUAAAACAGGAUAGGGAGCAGAGGGAAAGGAUGAAACAAGAGAGAGAAUGGAAAGAAAAGGAAAGAUCACUGAGAGAACAAAGAGAUACGGAUAGACAGGAGAGGGAAUGGGGAGAGAGGCACAGAGGCCAGAAGGACAGAGAGCAGAGGGAGAUGGAGACAGAUAGUGAGCAAAAAGAAAAGGAGAAAGCUCAGGAAAAAGAAAAAAAGAAGAACAUGGAGCAAGUCAACAGAGAUUAUACAAUGGCAUUAAAAGAAGAGAAGAACCGAGGAGACAUAAAAAUAGCAUUUCAGGGAAGAGCCAAUACUUCAAAGGACAAGGCUGAGCCUCCACCCAAGAAAAGGAAGAAAUGGUUGAAGGCGGUGCUGUCCUCUUCAUCUGAGUCUGACUACUUCUUACUCAGUGAUGACGAAGGGCCUGCGCGGGGUGGAGUAAACAGCCGAGCCAUGAGGGACAUGUUCAGGAGCUAUGUGGAGAUGUUGGUCAGCACAGCACUUGACCCUGAUAUGAUUCAAGCCCUAGAGGACACAGAUGAUGAAUUAUACCUCCCGCCCAUGAGGAAAAUUGAUAGCAUGCUCAGUGAACAGAAGAAGAAGUUGUUGAGGAGAGUCAACAUGAGUGCUCAGCACCAGGAGGUUUUACAUAUAUUCCCCAGAAUGACAGCAGAUCCUGUGGAAUCUGGAGAUGUCAAAGUUCACCUUGGUGGGGAGGGCUACAACCGCAAGACUCUCAACCAAGUCAAGAGGAGCAUUCCUAAGCAGCAGGAUAUGAAACUUUCAAUUGAAAUUUGCCAGAUAUACAGUCUGUAUCAUUCUCUUCACCACUACAAAUAUCACACCUUCCUGCAUUGCAAGAAGGAGACGGACAAUAUUGAGCAGGCAGCGGAGGACCCUGGCCAGGAGGAGGUGGUGCAGCAGUGUAUGGCGAACCAAGGCUGGCUUGAGAGCCUCUUCAGUUCUUUCAUGGAACUGCUUACCCUUAGUGCAAAGACCUAAAGGAUGAUCACAACCUCUGCCACCAAAAACAAGCAUCCACCUGCAGUAUUAAGUAGGUGGAGAUGUUCAGAAUGUAUGAAACAAAGCAAUCAGAAACUGUGGAUGACAGAAAUGCAACGAGAAUGGCCCCCGUUUUUUUUUUAAAGGAAGGUGACCAUUGUAAGUAUUUGCUUUAUUGCUGAAUCCAACUAUUGUACCAAAAUAUGAAGGCUAGUGAACUAUCGGAAUGCAAUGGAUUUCCCCAAAAGUCAAUGACAGAUUAUUUGAUUAGAACUACAAAGGAGACUUUUGUCAAGACUUACACAACAUGGACAUAUAUAUCUGCAAGUUGUCUAGUAUGUAAGUCUGUAAGUAAAAUAUGUAUUUAAUGUGGUUUGUAUAAUUUACACAAAUCCAUUUUUAAAAUGUACUUUUCUCAGAUGGAAUUAUUUGCAGUUCACAUUUUUGAAAAAUGUUUUAUGGUGUCAAACCAAAUGGCCCGUUUGCAAAGCUAAGCUUAAAACGAAUGGUCUAGUGAGAUGAAAGUGAGGUUUAAAAAGACAGUGUGAAUGUCUUUUCCUUCUAUUUGCAUCAGAAAAAAGCAGAAAGAUAAUAUAUUUAAAACAAAAUCAUGAUGUUUCUGUUUGUUCUUCAAGAGAUAAUGAAUGAUUGGGAUUGAUUCCCUUAAUGAAGAACAAUACAAAAAAAUGAAGUACUGCUUUCUUAAAGAAAGUACGAGUUAAAAUGAUGAUAAACCCUUAAUAUCAGUAUUUAAUGUCAUAUUUUUUAUCUGCUUGUUGCUGAGUUUUCCUAUGAGUUGAACUCUCUGAGGAUAUUCUCACAGAGCACUUUUGUUGAUGUGUAAAUAUUGUACAGCUACUUCAUCCUCCAGUUUCCAGUGGCUCUUCAGUACAUGCAAUUGCUGUAUUUGACAUACUGUAUUAAAACUCUGAAAAUAACAAAUGCCCCAAUGAAUCAAUAGCCUUGUGCUUAAAGUCUUUUCAAGAAUGUUUGCAUCAUAGCUAAGUGGAUUUUAGCUAAUACAGAGGCACUGCCCGAAAGUCUGAAUUGAUGUAUUUAAGUUUACUGUAGAUAGCAUCACUUCAAAACAACCGUUCAGUUGUGCUCUACAAGGCAGCAGUGUUCUUUCUUUUUCUGUAAUUUAGCCCUAUUCUUUGCUAUAACAAUAGAAUUGUCAUGAAACGCUGUGUGGCAGGCAGGAGUAGGACCCAAGAUGCAGGCACUCAGACUCGAGGGAUGAACUCAAAAACUCAGCUUUAUUUGCUGACGGGGAAAGCAUACAAAACUAAACUGGGAAAUGUAAACUUACACUUGACGGAGAGGCACACGAGGAAACACACAGCUUGAGGGACGACGCGACACUGACUCAGAGAAACACAGGGUUUAAAUACACUGGGAAGUAACGAGGGGAAUGAGACACAGAAGGAGAGCACAGCUGGGAGAAAUCAGAA